AAAACCCCCCACCUCUAUAUUAGGUUUUCUCUAAAUACCCCUCCGUUUUUUUUUACUUGUUUUCUCUGUCUCUUUUCUCUCUCGUUUUCUCCCAGCAUAGUUACAUGAGUGGCAACUUUCUCAGAUAACGAGCGCGGUUGAGAGAGAGAGGGGUCCAAAAAUGGGAGCACUUGCUCCGAUGAUGCCUUGGAAUCCAGAAGAUGAUCUUCUGCUGAGGAACGCUGUUGAGGCUGGUGCUUCUUUGGAAUCACUUGCUAAAGGUGCAGUGCAAUUUUCUCGAAGAUUUACUGUUAGUGAGCUAGAAGAUCGGUGGCAUUCUCUCCUUUAUGAUCCAGUUAUUUCUGAAGAAGCUUCUGCUUGCAUGAUUGCGAUUGAACAUUCGGCUUCAACUCUUCCAUCAAAAUUCAAUAGAUUUGGCAACUCAAAAGAAAACAAAUCCGUUUCUGGGAAGAGAAAGGCUGGAAGUGUUCGUAGUUGUUACUAUGCUCUGCGAAAAAGAAUAUGCCAUGAGCCAUUUAACUCCAUGGAUCUGAGUUUUCUUGUUGCACCUGGUAAUGGCAAUUACAUUGAGAAUGGAGAUGAGCCUUUAUCUGGAGAUUGCAUGGCUGGAGAUCCUAUCUCAAAUCAUUUUGGACUCCAAGGAUCGAAUUUGGAUCUUAUGCAUCCUGUUUUUCCACAAAAUCUGAUGGAUAGUGGCACCGACACUAGUGGUACUGCCGUCGCUGCCCAUGCCUUUGAUCCUGAAUUCCAGCACCCAGGUGAAGAAAAUUUUCAUAUCGAACAAGAUAAUAUACACAAAGAAAUUCCUCAUCUUUUUGCUGAGAAUCCACCUUUUACUGGGAAUAGCUCAGCGGUUGAGGAAUUGGGUCAACCAAAAAAGUUACCUGCACACAACCUGUUCAAAGUCGAUGAUUUAGGUGCAGAACCCUCAUCUACAUUUGAUCGGAUUGAUACCGGUCCAGGAAAUAUCUGCUCUGAUUUUGAAGGUAACCAGGUGUUCAAUUCACCUAUGUCGGAGUGUGGUGCAUCAUUUCACAACUUGGAGUUUUCAUCUCCACUUGAUGGAAUUCCUAUAUGGAGAACAGUUGAGGGCAUUGCAGAGCCAUCUAUGCCAGUUGAUGUUGGCCUUAGAGAAAAAGGUGCAUUUAAACUUCCUGAUGAUGAUGACGCUAAGAAUGCAACAACAUCAGGUUAUGAUGGUCACUUAGAUUCCAAGGUGAAAAUUGAAAUGCCCUAUUAUGAUGGUUUGAGAAGUCCAACUGCUAGUGCAGAAGGUUAUUUGGCGGAGCUGUCCAAUUCUCUUUUGAAUUUUACAAAUGAGGAAGCACUCCUGUUCAUGGAUGUUGACGGGAAAGAUGUGAUUGAUAAAUCUUACUAUGAGGGCCUGACACUGUUGUUGAAUUCACCUAAUGAUGUAAGUCAAGAUAUCACACCCAAUAUGACUGAUGAGCCAGAUACAUCAGUAGCUCCAGAUAUGUGUCUUGAGAAUCCAUCUAUUGGAUGUCCUGGAGAGUUGGAGGACAACAGGGGAUCUCACUGUAGUGAUGGCCUUAUAGCUCAAGAUUCAGGGGCCCAAAUGCUACUAUCUUUGCCAGCUUCACACUCUCCGUUACCUGAUCCGAGUGUAGGAGCUAUUUGUCUACUUAAUACCGAAGAUCUAGAAAUUCCAUGCAAUGAUGAUUUUAUCCCAUCAUAUCAGCAGUCCCCAUCAUCAGUUUCCUUUGUAGCACAGCAGAAUUUUCAAGGAGUUAAUAAUCCAACGUCUUCAACUAUAAAUGAUAUCUCUGGUAAUCAAAGAACACAUGAAAGAGGUAAGAUUCUGAUGCAGAGAGAAGGAAAAAACACUGGAGUAGGGUCAUAUGUGUUAACCGAAGUGGGUAUAAACCAUCCAGUUGGUGAUGGGGUUAAGUUUGGGUUGCCCAAUAGUGACUACGGACAUGUGGCAUCUAGGGGUACAGGUGGUGUUUGUGGUGGUUCAAAUCAUAUUAAUUCAGGAAAUCUGAGCACCGAUAAUCUUAGACCCUCAAUGCUGAAGGAAGAGAUGGUAGAAGUUUCACCCACAAAAUUUCUUAACCAAACGGAUUCAUUCAUAAAGAGGCAAUGUCUUGGUUCUGAUAGCUUUGAUGGCUGUACCCAGACAAAUGCUAGUGGCAUUAAACAGGAACUAGAUGCACCAGCUACAAUUCGAGAUUAUCAAUCAAUUGCAGAAGUGGGACUGUUAGAUAUUGCUGUAUCUGAACCUGUGGGAAACCCUCCAAUAUCAGAUCUGGAAGAGCUACCUGUUGAGAGCGAUGAUGAUGUACCUCAUUAUUCAGAUAUUGAGGCGAUGAUACUUGAUAGGGACUUGGAUCCAGAGGACCAGGAUCUGUAUUCUAGUGAGGAAGUUUCAAGAUAUCAGCAUGAGGACACAAAGAGGGCAAUUAUAAGGCUGGAGCAGGGUGCUCAUUCUUAUAUGCAGAGAGCCAUUGCUUCUCAUGGAUCAUUUGCCAUUUUGUAUGGCCGAUAUUCAAAGCAUUAUAUUAAAAAACCUGAGGUGUUACUUGGUAGAGCAACAGAAGAUGUUAUUGUUGACAUUGACUUGGGAAGGGAAGGGCGCGCCAAUAAAAUAUCUCGACGGCAGGCUAUAAUAAAGAUGGACAAAAGUGGAUCAUUCUAUCUGAAAAAUCUGGGCAAGUGGUCAAUUUCAGUGAAUAGCAAGGAAGUAGGCCCUGGUCAGAGUCUAAGCCUCAUUUCCAGUUGUUUGAUUGAGAUACGGGGAAUGUCAUUCAUAUUUGAGACGAACCAAACUUGUGUGAAGCAGUAUUUGGAUAACAUCACCAAGAAUAACCAAACCCUGGAGCACCAGCCGUGAAUUGAAGCCCACUUAAUUAGCAGAAGGUGCUCAUUUUUGCCGCGCUUUCUGGGUUCCUUAAGGAAGCUAUAUUUUCUGUUUCAUGUAACAACUGUAAAAGUGGAGGAACUUUGCUAUUUUGUUCUUUUUCUUUUAUCAAGUGAAAAGGCAAUUUUACCA